AUGAAGCUGAACGUCUCCUACCCGGUAACGGGAUGUCAGAAGUUAUUCGAGGUGGUGGACGAGCACAAGCUCCGUAUCUUUUACGAGAAGCGCAUGGGCGCUGAAGUGGAGGCAGAUCAACUUGGAGAUGAAUGGAAGGGUUAUAUCUUACGUGUUGCCGGUGGCAACGACAAGCAGGGAUUUCCGAUGAAGCAGGGAGUGCUGACCAACAGUCGUGUACGUUUGCUUAUGUCUAAGGGUCACUCUUGCUACAGACCCCGCCGUGACGGUGAGAGAAAGCGCAAGUCAGUUCGUGGUUGCAUUGUUGACGCUAACUUGUCUGUGUUAGCCCUUGUUAUUGUCCGCAAGGGUGCUCAGGAAAUCCCUGGCUUGACCGAUGGUGAAGUACCACGCCGUCUUGGUCCCAAGCGUGCAUCGAAAAUCCGCAAACUGUUUAACUUGACUAAACAAGAUGAUGUCCGCCGUUAUGUUGUGAAACGUCUGUUACCUGCAAAGGAAGGCAAGGAAAAUGCCAAGCCCAGAUAUAAGGCACCCAAGAUCCAAAGGUUGGUGACCCCUGUAGUACUGCAGCGUAGACGCCACCGUUUGGCUCUGAAGAAGAAACGUUUGGCAAAGCGCAAGGCUUCUGAGGCUGAAUAUGCUAAAUUGCUUGCUCAAAGAAAGAAGGAAUCUAAGGUCCGCCGCCAGGAAGAAAUCAAACGCAGGAGGUCCGCAUCGAUGCGCGAUUCCAAGAGCUCCAGCCAUAGCGCCCCUCAGAAG